GCGGAAGUACUGGAGCUGAUGUCCAAAAGCCCCAAGUUCUCUGGUCAGUGUAUUUCAAUAUGAGAGACUCUUCCGGGGUAGACAGGACUUCAUAUGAUAACCUCCCUUCCAAUGUCUACGUGUGUUCUGGGCCGGACAGUGCUUUAGGAAAUGACCCUGCCGUCAGCCAGGCCAAGGCCAUUUUUCAAGAGAUGUUUCCAAGCGAGGAGUUCUGUCUGCCCCCUCCAAAUCCGGAAGAUAUUAUCUACGAUGGAGACGGGACGCAGCCGGAGGAUCCUGGAUUCAGCAGCGAGUCAGAAGCCAAACCCGAUACUUUGUCUGAAAAGAGCAGUGAAGAGACUGAGGGAAACCCUGAGGCGUGAGGUGACUCCGAGGUUCCUGAACUGGACUGAUGUCAAUGAUGGGCUCCGACAUGAAGGACAAUGAAUCAACUGUCAGACUGAUAUGUUGUCCCAGGAAUUCCAGUGGGACUCUUAGACUCGGAUAAUGACCUGGGCUGGAACAGGAAAGUCUUGUCCAUAGUAACGAGUUUCAGCGGAUGACAUUUUCAUCUCCUUUUUCUUGAAAUUGUAUGUACCAUUUUGUGGAUAAGACAUGAUUUCCUUCCGUAGGCUCACAGUUUGCUGAAGCCAACAGCGCCAAAGCACAUAACUUGGGUUUUCAUCACAGCGAAAAAAAUACAGUUCUGUUCCCAGAAAGCAGCCAUUACGGUAGAUUAGGUGAGGGUAAGGUCAGCAUUUUUAGUGUUCUGGCACCUCUAGUUUACCUGAAGAAAAUGUUCAAGUAUUAAAAGUCGUUCAUUUGGUUUGCCAUAAAGAAUAUCACCAAUGUGGCUUUGAAGCUCGGCUAUCUUAGAUUAUCUCCAGUAGACAUUCAAAAUAAAAUAGGUAUACUUGCCUUCUUUGAAAUAG